AUGGAAAACCUCCUCAGCCUCGCCUUUGACGGCCUCUCCUCCUACGACGGACCCAAGGUCCGCAAGGGCCUGCGCCAAGUCGAGGGCCUCCUCGCCCAGAUCUGCCUCUCGUCGCCGGCCAAGGCGAGGUCCCCGACGGCCGAUGACUCGUCCCCGCGCGCCGGCGGCAAGUCCCUCACCGACUUGUCCGACGACCCGGCCUUCCGCGAGUUUUUCAAGCUGCAGGAGGGUUUUGAAUGGAACGUCGCCCUGCGCCUCAUCAACACCCUCGACCGCCUGAUGGGCAAGGGCACCGACGGGCAGAACGACCUCCUGAUCCUCAGCUCGCUGGAUUUGAUCCAAGGCGUCCUGCUGCUGCACCCGCCCAGCAAGGCCCUCUUCUCGCGAGAGCAGAACAUGAACCUUCUCCUCGACCUCCUCGAGCCCGUAAACUGUCCCGCGAUCCAGUCCGCCACCCUCCUCACCCUCGUCACAGCCCUCAUCGAUACGCCCACAAACACCCGCACCUUCGAGGCCCUCGACGGCCUCCUCACCGUCACUUCGCUCUUCAAGUCCCGCUCCACCGCCCGCGAGGUCAAGCUCAAGCUCGUCGAGUUUCUCUACUUCUACCUCAUGCCCGAGGUCCCCUCCACCCCCGCCGCCGACGCGAGCCGGCCGCGGAGCCGCGCCGGCAGCGAGUCUGCCGGCACCCUGACGACCGAGGACAAGCAGGAGCUGCUGGGCCGCCACCUGAGCAACGUCGAGGACCUGGUCAGGGACUUGCGGACCUGCACGCCCUUUGGAGGCGUCGUGUGCUAG